AUGAACAGCGUCGGCGAGGCCUGCACGGAGAUGAAGCGGGAGUACGACCAGUGCUUCAACCGCUGGUUCGCCGAGAAGUUCCUGAAGGGCGAGGGCGGCGACGGCAGCGGAGACCCCUGCGCCCAACUCUUCAAGCGCUACCAGCUCUGCGUCCAGAAAGCUAUUAAGGAGAAAGACAUCCCCAUUGAAGGACUGGAAUUCAUGGGCCCCAGCAAAGGAAAGUCGGAAAACUCUUCUUGACCAUGAUGGUCACACACACACAAAAAAAAUUCUGAACACACACCAGCAUGCUAAAUCUAGUUGGCUGCUGGACAAGGACUCUAGCUAUGUUGUCCAUGGGUAUGGAGAAAUUCAAGGACUGUUCAGCCCAUGAGCAGUAACAUCUGCCUCAUUAAUCUAGUAGCAAGCUUCAUAUCUACUGACGUAUUGUGGGUUUUAUCAUGUGCACAGUGGGAUUCUUCCGAUUUACAACUGAAUGUAUUUCUAACAAAGGAGUUGGGGAUAAAUUAAUGCCUGGUUUUUGAUCAUCCAGUUGUUUUUAUUUAUGUAAAUCUUAACUGCAACUGUUAAAAUGAAUGUCAAGGUCAAUCUCGUACAUUA